AUGGCAAUCGCAUUGGCAGCCUUCCUCCUGAUACCGCUCUUCUCCCUCGGCGCAGUCUUCGUCCUCCGUGCGUGGAGACUCGACAAGAAGGCGCCGGCGCAGCGCACGCCGAGGACGCGGCCGUACCCGCUGCUCGGCCACCUGCCGCAGUUCCUGGCGAACCGGCACCGCGUGCUGGACUGGCUCACCGAGGUGCUCGCUCUCCUGCCAACCUGCACGCUGGUGUUCCGCCGGCCCGGCGGCGUCCGAGGCGUCAUCACCGCGAACCCGACCAACCUGGAGCACAUCAUGCGUGCCAGCUUCGAUAACUACCCCAAGGGCCCGCGCUUCGCGGCGCUGCUCCACGACUUCCUCGGCCGGGGCAUCUUCAACGCCGACGGCGAGGCCUGGCGCGCGCAGCGGAAGGCGGCCAGCUACGAGUUCAACACGCGCUCGUUGCGCCUCUUCGUGGCACGAAGCGUGCACAGCGAGCUCCACGGCAGGUUCCUCCCGCUCCUGCGCCGUGCCGCCGGGUCCGGCAGCCAGCUCAACCUCCAGGACACGCUCGAGCGGUACGCGUUCGAUAAUAUCUGCCGUGUCGCCUUUGACCACGACCCCCGCCAGCUCCCGGACGGAGACGACAGCGCUGGCCCAGAAGUCGAGAGCACCGCGACCGCGAGCAGCAGUUUCGCCGACGCGUUCCGGGACGCGGCCAAUCUCAGCGCUGGCAGGUUCCAGUACGCCGUCCCAGGAUUCUGGAUGAUCAAGAAGGCGCUUAAUCUGGGCUCCGAGCGGCGGCUGCGCGAGUCCAUUGCCAUGGUGCAUGGCUUCGCCGAUCGCAUCAUACGGUCGCGGCGGGAGGAGAUGAGCAUGGGCUGCGAGAAGCACGACCUGCUGUCGAGGUUCAUGGCGAACCAGGGCGAGAGCUACACCGAGACGGCCCUCCGCGACGUAGUGAUCAGCUUCCUCCUCGCGGGGCGGGAAACGACAUCCUCGGCGCUCACCUGGUUCUUCUGGCUGCUGUCCUCGCGCCCGGACGUGGAGCGCCGCAUCCGCGACGAGGUCGCCGCCGUGCGCGCCGCCGAGCGAUCGGCGAUCACGGCAGAGCCGGGUUCGAUCUCGACGAGCUGA